UUUCGAAUACAAACAGGAUUAUCUCGGGCAAAGUAUUUAUAUUACGACGAUAAUUGUAUCUUGAUUUACGUUAUCGGUGAUGUUGGCAUUCAUACUCUGUAACUAUAUUAACCUAUAAUUCGAUUCAACUCUUCGAAUACCAGGAAAGUAAUUUUCGAGUUAUUGUAUCUUCCGAUGGCAUUUCCAUUAAACGAUCAGAUUUAUACUAAGUCUUUUACUCCUAGGGAAUAUCAGGUGGAACUUCUCUAUGCUGCUUUAGAAAGAAAUAUUAUAGUAUGCCUAGGAAAAAACUGUGAACAAAUAUUUAUCGUUAUCAAAUUGAUACAGGAGUUAGCAAAUAGUAACAGAAGAUCUCCCUCCGAUGGUGGAAAACGGUCCAUAUAUAUUUUAAGAGACACAGAACGAUGUUUAACCAAAGCUGUAUAUAUACAACAGUUGACAGAUUUACGUGUUCUUGUUUGCGAUUCGGCAACAUGGCCCAAGUUCGACGAAAAAUUUGCUGAGAGUCAAGUAAUAGUGAUGACUUCACAUGAUUGCGCCGAACUGUUGUUGCAGAAGAAAAUUCUACCCAGUCAGAUAAACCUGGUUAUAAUAGAUCAGUGUCACAAAGCAAUCAACGAUGAAAAGUUGAAGUAUGUGUUGCAAAAACUAACCAUUUCUGAUGGACCUCGAAUUGUUGGUUUUGCUGCUCCAGUCUUCAAUCUUACCCACAAACUAGGUAGACUGGAAGCAGAAAUUAAACGAGUUGAAAGUACUUUUCAUUGCACUAUUGAAACCGCUAGCGACAUUUUAUCAGUAUUACGAUAUAGUCCAAAACCAAAAGAGUAUAUUGUGGAAUUCAAAUGUGCAGAAUAUGAAGGACUUGAUCGGACCUUAGAGAAUUGCGCUUUACAUGCUAUGAACUUUCUAUGUGAUCACCGUUAUGAUCCUACAGAGAUUUAUACAGACGAGUUCCUGGAAGACAUACAAAAAAUCCCAGAUCCAAAACAGGAACCUUGCUCAAUGAUAGAAGACUUUUUGUACAUACUUCGGACACUAGGAGCCUGGUGUGCUAAUCAUGCUGCUCUCGCUCUCCUUAUUCAAGCAGAAAAGCUAAAAGUCAAGACACCUUACGAGCGACAUUAUCUAUUAUUUAAUGUCGUAGUAUCGCUAUUUGUUAAAAUAAGAGCAAUAUGUGAAAGUGAAUUCGAAAAUUUGAGCGAAAAAGAAAAAUUAUAUAAAUAUUCCACUCCUUGCGUUCAUCGACUACUGCAUAUAUUGAAAUGUUAUGCACCAUCUCAUAAAAAAGAAUCAAUUAUAGCAGAUGACAAAUUGAAUAAUGGUAUAUCUGCACACAAGAACGAAGCUGACAAUAGCCGAGGAGCUGCACAACAAUCAAAAUCUGUUGGAAACGUGAGGAAGCCUCGAACUGGCUUCAAAAGAACUCCGAAAUCGCUGCGUUAUCCUCGCAGCCAAAUUGAUCCUGAUCUUUUAUGCGGGGUUAUUUUUGUAGAUAAAGGAUUUACGGCAAAAAUAUUAUUCUAUCUAUUGAAUGAUGCAUGCAAGCAUGACAAGGAAUUACAAUUUCUGUCUCCACUUUAUACAAUAGAAAAAAAUCCUGAAGAUACAAAUUCUCCUCACGAUGUGGGAGUUCAACAUAGAAAACAGGAAGAGGUUUUGAAAAGUUUUCGAAUACAUGAAUGUAAUUUGUUGAUAGCUACAUCAAUUUUAGAAGAAGGAAUAGACAUACCUAAAUGCAACUUCAUCAUGCGGUACGACUUCCCUAAAAGUUAUCAGUCUUAUGUUCAGUGCAAAAGCAGAGCUCGUGCCAAUGAUGCCUUGCAUGUACUUUUUGUAAACAGAAACGUAUCGGAUGAAUGCGUCACGCAACUAGCCCGGUAUCACUAUAUCGAAAAGAUUCUACUAUUGAAAUGUGUAAAUAAAGAACCUAUGGAAGAAGAAGAAUUCUAUGCGGACAAAUGUGGCGAUUUACUACCUCAUUACAAACCAUUGGACAUUGAUGGUGCACCAAGCGUGUCCUUUAAUUCUGCAAUUUCUUUAGUGAAUAGGUAUUGUGCAAAGUUACCCAGUGACACCUUUACUCGGUUAACACCUGAAUGGACGAUCGAACCAAUCACCGUUGAUAACCAGCCUAUGUUUGUUUGUUCAAUACGAUUACCAAUAAACUCGCCGGUAAAAUACACAUUAACCUCGUAUCCAAUGCCAAACAGGGCAAUGGCACGGCGCUUAGCUGCUCUGCAACUCUGUAUUGAACUCCACAGAGCAAAUGAAAUUGAUGAUUACUUACUUCCAAUUGGUAAAGAAAACUUUAAAGCUAAGCCAGAAGACGCAGAAGUCCCUGCACUGCCCGAUGAAACAACAGCUGAUUUUUCUGAAGCUCGUCCAGGAACGACCAAACGAAGACAAUACUAUUAUAAAAAGAUUGCCGAGGCAUUAACAGAUUGUAGACCUGUUACUAUGAAACAAUCUUUUUUAUAUCAUAUAAGUAUGGUACUGACAUGUCCCUUACCAGAGGAACAAAAUACGAGAGGUCGUAGAAUAUAUCCACCUGAAGACUCUGCCAUAGGCUUUGGCAUUUUGACACUUAAAGAAAUACCAAAGCUAUGCCCAUUUCCAAUAUAUACAAGAUCGGGAGAGGUCCAUGUGAAACUCAAAUUAAGUAAACAGAUGGUUAUACUAGACCCUGCUCAAAUUGAGCGCGUAGCAGCGUUUUUGAAUUAUACGUUUACAAAUGUACUCAGGCUUCAAAAAUAUCUAAUGCUUUUUGAUCCAAAUGCCUCUGAACACUCCUACUUUAUUGUUCCUGUAAAAACUGUAACUACUGAUGACGGUCCUGAUAUUAGCGUACAUUGGGAGUUUCUAGAAUGUAUUUAUGAAAAUAAAAAUACAGUACCAAAUGAGGUGCCGGAAGAAGUGCGUAAACAAUUCCAAUUUGAUGCAUCUAAAUAUCAUGAUGCAGUUAUCAUGCCAUGGUAUAGAAAUCAGGAUCAACCACAAUAUUUUUAUGUGGCAGAAAUUUGCAACACCUUAAACCCAAGAUCUUCUUUUCCUGGAGCAGACUAUAGUACUUUUGAAGAAUAUUACUUGAAAAAGUAUAAUAUACAGAUCCAGAAUCUCAGUCAACCGCUACUUGAUGUGGAUCAUACAUCAGCUAGACUUAAUUUUCUCACACCAAGAUAUGUCAAUCGUAAAGGCGUUGCAUUACCUACUAGUAGUGAAGAAACUAAGAAGGCAAAAAGAGAAAAUUUAGAACAGAAGCAAAUACUAGUUGCAGAACUUUGUGCAAUACACCCAUUUCCUGCAUCUUUAUGGCGACAAGCUGUUUGUUUGCCAUGCAUACUAUACAGGAUUAAUGCGCUUCUUUUAGCAAACCAAAUUCGAUGUCAUGUUGCAGAAAUGAUAAAUCUGGGGCAACAACAUUUAGAUCCAGAAUUUGAAUGGCCACCCUUGGAUUUUGGUUGGAGUCUAGCUGAAGUCUUGAAGAAAUCAAAGGAUAACAGUAAAGUGACGGAUGUGAAGACUGAAAUAAAAAUAACAGAACUCAUUCCACCUAAAUCUACAAAUGCCCGAUUUGUUACAAAAGAAAAUGGUGAAUGUAAUCAUGAAAACGACGAGAAUUAUGUUGACGAAGACAAUGAAAUGGAAAUCGGAACCUGGUCGAACGAAAUGGCCAUAAAUACUAUCGAAUUGAGUAGUGAAAGUCUAGAUAUGUUUCCACCAAAUAUAACGGGCUUACAAGAUACCUUCUCAUGGAAUGAUAUUCGUUAUGGUUCACCCGCUUGUGAAUCUGAUCUAGAUGCUUACGAUACUGACGAUUCUUCCAGCGAAGCAAUAGGUGAUUAUUCGGAUGAGAGCGACGAAGAUGGUGGAGGAUUGCGAAUAUCGUUUAUGGGAGAUAAUGUCGCAGAAGCUGUUGAGGAUGAGAAUCGAAUUCGUAAGAGUGAAAUCAAUAAAAGAAUUUUAGACUUAUUAGAGCUGGAAAGAAGUUAUGACGAAGAUGUUUGGCAUUGCCUUGAUGAUAUCGAUGACGAGAUGAUUAAAAAACAUAAGGAAGCUCAAAAUGCUGCUACCUUGAGCAACAAAAAACAAAUCAUAGAAAACAAAUUGUUUAUUCCCUGCGACCGAGAAAUUGUUUUGAAGAGACGAUUAUUGACUGUGCAAAAUAAGACUGAGACACUUAUACCUGAAUGUCAAGAAUAUAUAUUGAAAGUGGCCAAGUGCUUUACAGACGAGGUUAUCAACACCAAAACUGUUAGAGAACCUGUGAAGAAGGAAUUCAACAAAUCCUCGCCAUCAGAAGACGUGGAAAGCACUCUAUUUAGUUUUGAUUACCAGCCAAAUCUUAAAGGACAUCCUGGACCAAGUCCUAGUCUCAUCCUACAAGCGUUAACGAUGUCGAAUGCUAAUGAUGGUAUUAAUCUAGAGAGACUUGAAACAAUUGGAGAUUCUUUUUUGAAGUACGCAAUAACAACUUAUUUGUAUUGCACGUACGAUAAUAUACAUGAAGGAAAACUGAGUCACUUAAGAUCAAAACAGGUCAGCAAUUUGAACUUAUACAGAUUAGGCCGUCAAAAAGUUCUUGGCGAGAGUAUGAUUGCAACUAAGUUUGAACCCCAUGAUAAUUGGCUUCCACCCUGUUAUUAUGUACCUCGAGAACUAGAGCAAGCCUUGAUAGAAUCUGGAGUGCCAGCUAACUUAUGGAAUCAAGCAGAUAUUCCAGUUCUGAGAGCUGUCAAUCAGAAUGAGAUAUGCCAACUUGUUAAAGAAACCGAGCAUAAGCUUGGAAUUAUGCGAACCGAACUUGACAAAAAUAGCAAUGAUUAUGUCACCGAUUUCGAAAAUUUACGCUGUUUCAUUCCGUAUAAUCUCAUUACGCAACACAGCAUUCCAGACAAAAGCGUUGCGGAUUGCGUGGAAGCUUUAAUAGGGGCUUAUCUUAUUGCAUGUGGACCUCGAGGAGCUUUCUUGUUUAUGGCCUGGCUCGGCAUUCAUGUCUUGCCAUUUGAAGAGGUUUCCAUUGUUUCUGCAAAUGAACCUGUUGAUAAACCUCCAGGGAGUUCGACUUACGUUAAAGGAACGAAUGGAAAUGGAGAAACUGUUUGGACACAUAUACGAUAUGGAAAUUUGGAUGAGCCGCAGUGUCCUCUCUUGAGGCAUGUUCCAAAUCCUGAACAAGAGUUGAGUAUGAUGUUGGAUGGCUACAAUGAACUCGAAGCAAGUAUGGGUUAUAAAUUUCGCGACCCAAGUUAUUUACUGCAAGCAUUUACACAUGCAUCUUAUCAGCCGAAUAAAUUGACAGAUUGCUACCAACGAUUGGAGUUUCUUGGUGAUGCAGUUUUAGAUUAUUUGAUAACAAGACAUUUAUACGAGGAUUCAAGGCAACAUUCUCCUGGUGCUCUGACAGAUCUGAGAUCAGCUCUUGUGAAUAAUACUAUAUUCGCUUCCUUGGCAGUCAGAUGUGGAUUUCAUAAAUAUUUUCGCCAUCUUUCACCAGGAUUAAGUGUGGUUAUUGAUCGAUUUGUGAGAAUACAAGAGGAAAAUGGUCACUCUAUUAGCGAAGAGUACUAUUUGAUCGGGGAAGAUGAAUGUGAGGAGGCCGAAGAUGUUGAAGUUCCGAAAGCUUUGGGUGAUGUUUUUGAAUCUUUGGCUGGAGCGAUUUACUUGGACAGUGGUAUGUCGCUCGAUGCCGUGUGGAGAGUAUAUUAUAGUAUAAUGAGCUCUGAAAUUGAACAAUUUAGUACGAAUGUACCAAAGUCUCCGAUAAGAGAACUAUUAGAAUUAGAACCAGAAACAGCAAAGUUUGGAAAACCUGAGAAAUUGGCUGAUGGACGUCGGGUCCGAGUGACAGUUGAUGUAUUUGGGAAAGGUUCUUUCAAAGGAAUUGGGAGAAAUUACCGUAUUGCUAAAUGUACAGCUGCUAAAUGUGCGCUUAAGAAACUAAAAAAAAUGCAACGACAUCAAAGGGAAAAACUGUGAUCAUCAAACUUUAUAGAAUAUUAUCUUGUUAAAAAACUAGGUUUAUUAAUGAAUAUUUGCAAUUAAAAUCAUGUCGAGAAAUUUUGUAAA